GUAUAUGGGAGCGGACUAUACCAAUACUACGGUACUUCACUGUAAGUUAAUUCUUUACGUAUCUCUCUACCAUAUUCGCUCAAGAAAUCACAAUUUGUUUUAAAUACAGUUUCACUACACUCAUUUUUCUCGAAUUGAAACCUGGGCCAACUAUUAUCGUACACCUAAAGGGUAAAACCCAGAAACUGGAGAUACAACAUAGUAGAACGGACUGAAGGCACAACUUCUACUCCGUAAGAGUUGUCAAAUUCUGGAAUUCGCUGCCAGCUGAGCUAGUUCAAGCAACUUCCCAGGAGUCCUUUAAGAGGCGACUUGAUCUAUUCUUAAGGACUAAGGAUAGUAUCCUACUAUGAUUUACCAAUUCAUUUUCUUUCUCUUUUAUCGUUAAUAUACCUAGGUUCUUGCCUGGAGUUAUUGGUGAUCCCCUAAUACUAGACACGGAAGCCUGUUAAGCGAAAGCUUCUAUUCCGUCCACAAACAUUUGAACUCAGUGCGGUAUUACUAUAGUGUAUACCAUUUACCAAAAUAUCCGUGAUAUCGGCAGCAGUCUCAAAAUUUCGACACAAUAUUAACAAAACAUUGAUCAAUUUUAGUCAGAAUGUGUUAUUUCGCUAUGUAGGAAUAUUCCCAUAGGAUUCCCUAUGCCGAUGUCAACAUGUCAUGUCGGAUCGGUAGUUACACCAUUGGCUGUCUUAAAUCGACUGCCAGGCUGGCUCGGCACGCUGGUUAUCAGCCCUGAUGGAUCAGUUCUGCAGUCGGCUGGUGAAUUAGUGAAUAACAAAGAAUUGGCCCAACAUUUUGCUGCGAUCGCCAACAGAGUUGGCCGUUUAUUAAAUAUGGAAGGUGAAAGAAAAACUCAACAAUUCAAAAGAUUAACUGUACAUUUUGAGCAUUCAAUAUAUAUUAUGACAUGUGUUGGUGAUACCAUCUAUGUAGUAAAACGUCUACCCGAUAAUCAGAAUAUUUCAUAUGCAGAUACAUAUCAACAAUUACAUCUUGUCAAAUCGGAUAAUAGUAUGACUAGUAAUAACAAUCCUAUUGAUGUACAUCAUUCUGCUACUGUUAUUAAUACUACUAACAAUAUGGUUACAAUAGAUAAUCACGGACCUCAUAUUUUUGAAGCACGUGCUCCAGAUGAUUAUUAAAAAUGAAUAUAAUACCAUAUUCCCUUUACCUAAUAAUUUCUUCCCUUUUCUUCUCUUCAUCGUACCAAUGAAUAUAAUUUGAUGUAGCGAAAUAAUUAUCUUUUCGUGUAAAUAAUGUUGCUUCUUUUGUAUCUGUUUAUUUUUUAUUGUAAAAUUUGAGAAUAUACUAGUCUUUUGAUAAUCAGCUUUGUUCUUCAUCAUAUCGGCAAGAUUAAAACUGUGAUAUAUUGUAACAUUUUAAAGCUCAGGACAUUCACUUCGUUCUAUUCGAGUGUCGUAAACUAGUGUAUUUAUUAAUAAAUAUAUUUUUUAAUUC